CGUGGGUUUGUUCUGCACAGAUUUGUCCUACAAGUCUUUGUACUGUGUUGGCUUCUCCACGUGGGUUUGUCCUGUAUGGGUUUGUCCCACAAGGGCUUGUUUGUCCUACCUGGGUUUGUCCUACAAGGGCUCAUCCUACAUGGGGUUGUCCUAUAUGGGUUUGUCCUUCGUGGGUUUGUCUUACAUGGUUUUGCCCUCCACAGGCUUGUACAAAGUGUGUUUGUCCCACAUGAGUUUGUCCUGCAUGGGUUUGUCCUACGCAGGUUUGUCCUACAUGGGUUUGUCCUACACAGGUUUGUCCUACAUGGGUUUGUCCUACACAGGUUUGUCCUACACAGGUUUGUCCUACACGGGUUUGUCCUACACGGGCCCUUGUCCACUCUCUCAGGCCCCUUCUCCUAUCCUACAGGUGGGAUCCCAACAGACGGGAACAGCACCAGUAACAGCACAGGCAGCGGGUGCUUCGGGCUGUGGCAGCACCCCCGCUACAUGGCUGCCAAGAAGAACACGCCUGUCCACUUCAUCUGCUACACCCGUCAGCCCCACGCCAUGCAGUGGUACAAAGCGCCGGCGGAUGGAGAGGAGUUCCAAGCGCUGGAUCAGAGCUCCGAUCGCUUCAGCAUCAAGAGUACAAACGAUUACAUCAACUUCACCAUCUUCAGGAUCAGCUACGAGGACAACGGCAUCUACGUGUGCGACAGCAAGAACCUGACGGAGGAGAAGAGGCAGCCCUACUUGUGUGGGACGGAGCUCAGAGUCAUGAGUCGCAGCAACAUCCAGCAGAUCCAGAACAGGAACACGCUGAAGGACACCAUCAUCAUCAUCCAGACCAUCCUGCUGGUCAUCUUCAUCAGCGUCCCCAUGCUCCUCUUCCUAGAAAAGGGUGACGGAAAGGAAAGCCCUGAGGAAGACCACACCUAUGAGGGCCUGGAGGUGGAGCAGAUUGCCACCUACGAGGACAUCACUCCUUUCCGGGACAUGAAGGCCAAAUGGACGGUCGGGGAGCACCCAGGAGAGGAGUGAGGGGUGCUGCCCCCACCACCAGGAUGGCAUCAGCAGCACCUCCCCAUGGCAGCACCACACUGGUGCCACCACGGACCUGCAAGGACUUGGUGCCACCACCUCCAGCUGCCUUGUACACAGCUCAGGUCCUGCUGCCUCUCAGCUCUUGCUUGGUCGCAUCCAAGCUGCGCAAGCGAGACUGUCCUGCCCUGGCUGCUGCCCAUCCUGCCCCACUGCUCAACCCCAAAACCCUACAUAGAUAUUAGGAACCAACCUCAGAGCCCAGCAGCCCCAAAUGCCAGGCAGCCCCACACCACGGUGCUGAGCUGUGGCACGGUUACUGCCACCAAGGUGCUACGCUGGUGACCCCAUGGACAGACACAAUUCCCCCCCACGCUGCAAGGACCUGAGACCCCCCACAGCCCUGUGCUCCUGGUAGGGGAGCCAUGCGAGCAGCACCGUGGGGCUGGCAGAUCUGGGGCCACCGCGUUCUCUCUCAAGCCACAGACGCGUCCAGUUGGCCAAGCUGGAAGUUGACGAAGCUGGUUGUUGUCUGAGAUGGAGGAUCCUCCACAAGUGCCUUGUUUUAUCCCAUAGACUUGAGGGAAGACCAGGGAGACAACGGGCACACGGAGGGCUUCUCCUCCCCAGGAGGAGCUGUGAUGGGAAGGAUGUAAAUAGCGGGACGCAAACGUCCAACUGCUCUUUCAAGUCCUAAUAAAGGUGCAGGGUGAAUUCCCACCUUGCACGCCUGCAGGCA